UAAAACACACACAUAUGGGUGUACGCGCACACACACACACACACACACACACACACACACACACACACACACACACACACACACACACACACGCACACACACACACACACACACACACAUGUAUAUGUGUGUGUGUGUGUGUGUGUGUACGAAUGCACGACCAUCGCUUAUCUUUUCUUCCCAGAAAACAUAGAAGGUCGUAAAGCACACAAGGUCAAGCAGGAAGGGCACAUGGGCAAGCAGGGCCGGCGAUUGGCCUGCUUGGCUCGUGACGGAGACGUGGCGGGCGUAAAGGCUAUCCUGAACACGAUCUUAUGCCCUACGUUUGUGGACGACGUGAGAGUAGCGGGGAGGUCUGCUCUCCACCACGCCUCUUCCGCUGGCCACGCCCACAUUGUCCAACUCCUCCUCCGGUCGGGCGCCAACAAGGAAUUGCCGAGCAACCACUUUUGGGAUCGAGGUCGCCACGCCCUUCACCUUGCAGCAUUCGGAGGCCACACAGAAGUAGUCAAGAUCCUGUUGCAGGCCGGGGCAGAUGCAGAAGCCUGUGACAGUGAUGGGUGGCAGGCGGUGCACAUCAGCGCCGCGAGAGGCCACCUGCGGGUACUGAGCCAGCUGGAGGAGGCAGGGGCGUCCUUGGGGAGCCAGAACCACCACCUGUCGACGCCGCUGCACCUGGCCGCCGCCCAUGGCCAGAGGAGUGUAGUGCUGUGGCUUCUGCAGUGCUGUCCCUCCAGCCUCACCGUCGGGGACUACCUGCACCGAAUCCCCAAGCAGGUGUCUAAGAGCAAUCACGUGGGCCACAUCCUCGAAAAAAUAGCAACCUGUCCAGCUGACUACUUACGCAACAUAUUAGAAAGAAGGAAAAAGAUGCUCAUAGAAAACGGGAAGUGGGCCAUCUACUACGCCCGCAAGAACCGCGAAAAUACGGUGGUGAAAUGGCUCCUCAAAUACCCCGACCUUCUACACUACCAAGACGAAGCUGGCUGGACACUUUUGCACCACGCUGCUUAUAGUGACAGCCUGGCGGUCAUAAAAGUACUCCUUUUCUUGGGUGCCCUGCGGUGUGCCAGGACAUUCCGAGGUCAAACACCUGUUGACAUCGCGCGGAGGAAAGGUCACAGUCAGCAGACGAUCAAAGCCUUAGAAUUUACAGCUCAAGAUCUGAAAGAUACAGCAACACUGAAGAUGUAUCAGCGAAUGCUCUUGGAAGUGGGAGGAGCCAGCCCGAAAAAGGGCGGAGCUUCCAGUCAAGCCAGAGGAGAUAUUGCGGAGUUGGAGGCAGUGACUCGCAUGAAGAGACGGCAACUUUGCGACUCCUUUAACAACCUCACUGACACGUGCCUGUUGCAGGUUAGGGAGGCACUGGAGAAAGGUGCCCCAGUCGAGUGCCCGAAAGGAGGCGUCGCCUUGACACAGAUGGCACUGAGACGCAAAGACGCGAGGAUGCUGAGUCUCCUCCUGGCGGCGGGAGCAUCGCCACUGGCAAUGUCGACAGAUGGCGACGAGAAGGGCGCUAAUCUCCUGCAGAGGGCUUGGCUGAGCGCUGACGUCCCCUGCAACACAGCUGUUUAUCUGACUGUGGCACUUAGCAACCGAAUGAACUGGGAAAUGAAUCAAAUCCAAGUCAAUACAGAUAACGACGCCACUCUACACCUUGCAAUUCACUACAUCUUUAAGCAACUGAACGAAGCAGCUCCUUGGAAGGCGAAAUGGCCCUUCCAGAGCAGUUCUGGCGAUUCCCACAGAGAAAAUGACAUCUUCUUGAGAGCUGCUAGGUGGGACGCAACUGCCUCGGCGAUAUUCCUGUUGGCUGCUGGGGCUCAAGUCGACUACCAAGACGUGGAAUUGCAAACAGCUGCACACGUUGCAAUAAGGGCUGGCAACUUGGACACAGCGAGAAUCCUCCUGACGAUACUCGGAGGAAAUGCCUUUUUGGUGGACACGGCGGGUCGAAGCCCAUUGGAUUUGGCUCCUCCCCUUUUAUGGGAUGCUGUUGCUCAGUUCUGUGCCCUUCGAGAGUACCGUAUCCUAGAGAGUACCCUGCGGAAGGCCCCCUCUCAACAGCGCUACCAGAUGCAGUGCGUCGUCCUCCUCUUCGCCUCCAUGUAUACGCAGCUGAGAGCUAAUCGCAAUGGGAGCAGUGAUAAUAUAUGGCACACCUUAUAUUCAUCUCUUAUUGAGGUUCUGGAUCGAAGUUUAGCAGCUGAGCAGUGUCCGAAGAGCGCGGGAGAUACGGAUGGCUGGUUGGAAAACUUUCUUUGGACGUUGUGCGAAGAAAACGGAGUUGUUUGUGAUUCGCUCCAAGAAGAAACUCACGUUGGGGAUGAGUUGUAUUUCGAGUCUCUGCUUGAAAUGUUAAAGGGAGACAAAUUCGACUGGAAAGGCAAAACGUCACAGGAAAGAGAGAUUAAAGCCGUCACGAAACUAGCGCUGACGAUAAGCUGUGCAGAGGGACUGCCUAUGUUACUUCACUUACUGCUGUCUGUCGGCAAAACAGACCCAGACACUCCGCUAGAAAACAUGACAGGCGCUCGAUCGCUGCAUGUGGCUGCUAUUCAUGGUCACGCAGGGAUCAUGCGGUACCUUUUGCGCUUCGCUGCAAACGUCUGUGCCAAGGACGCUUCUCACCGCACAUGUGGGCAUUACGCCUUCCUGUUAGGGCAUAAGGUGGUUGGGGAUUUCCUUAUCCAAGAGCUGCCGGACAUGACCCGCGUGAAAGACCUGGCGGGUAGACGACCACGGGACCUGCAGAAGGGCUUCGACAGAUACCUCACUCUUUAUCAGCUAGACGACCUCCCCUCAAAGGAUAUGCAAAUGGCCCCGUCUGAUGCUGUGAGGCAGCACCUCGAGCUUCAGAGACCAGCGUGGGAAGAAGGGAUCAAGAAUGCAAUCAAGCACAUAAACGUCGACUACGGAAAAGGCGAAGCUGCAGAAAUCCAGGACAAAGUAAAGAUUGCGGUACAAGAAAUCAUGCAAACAGCUUCUCUCUCUGACAAAAAUUACAAAGGAAUGAUAAGAGAGGUGGGGAGCGGUGCGGAAAAUGUUCAGAUUUAUUGUCCUGAUCGAUUUAGCUUCAUUCUAGUUCUGGGUGCCGAUAGCGGUGUGGCAGAAGGGGACGUGAGUGUUGACAUGAAACGUUUUAGCAGCAUGGAUAGCCAGAGAUGUUUCCUGAGUCUGAGAACAGAGGCAGAGGACACCAGGAUCCAGCUAGAAGAAACCUUUUUCUCAGACAAGCUACUGGACGCCGUCAGAUCAAGCCUCGAAUGCCACUGCUUUGAAGACAAAAGACUGAGCCUUAUCCCUUGCUCCUUGAGGAAAUACGGCUCGGGAGUGGCCAUGACUUUGGCCUGGGAAGGGAAGGUCUACCCUCUGCUGCUGAUCCGCGUGUCGGUGGUGCCCGUCUUACCUGUGGCCUGGCCGUGUGACCUCCCUCGACCUAGACUGACGCCUGGAGGGGUAAACGCCGUUCACCUCACGAGCCGAGGCCGAGAAUGGGUUUUCUCCUUCGAUCUCCUUGAAGCCCAGAUAAUAUCGUCCCUCUGUCCAAAGAAGAGAUCAGUCAUCCAGGCUUGUAUAGCGCUCCUGUCAUCCCUCAAAGUCGAGAAAUGGGCUCCAAGAACCAUCAGGGACAAAUUUUCCUUUCGGGACGCCUUCGAACCGCCAGCAGACAGUUCCUCUUCGAUGCAAACUCUACGAAGCUCCUUACUGAGAGAACUGGAAGAGCUGGAGAACCCCCACGCAUGGUCCGAGGCCUACUCCGUGGAGAGAGCGAAGUCAGUGUUCAUGAGGAUGUGUACGAACGUCGUUGAAGUCGAGGAGUAUGGGAAGGAGAUUCUGGAGCCGAUGGAAGUCCCGCCUUACUUCGGGUCGAUCUGCCGAAUGCCGACGUCCAGCUGGGAGGCCCCUUUCAUAAUGGACUUUUUGGCGUCCAUAGAGCCUGGUCCAAGCUGAGUCAUCCUUUGCCUGCGUACGUAACCGUCAUCUCAUAUACAUUGCAUUCGUCGUGGGAGCUCUUGUCGUAAUGGUGUUGUUGACGUUUUUAAAUAUGCAAUUCACCGUCCAUUGUUUAUAUGCGUAACUAUCUCAAACGAGCAAAUCAGAACAAAACGAAAUUAAGACAUUGCUUGCAAUAAUUAAUAGUAACAAUUAACAUUUACCACAACCUUAUUGUGCUCAUUAUAUUUAAUGUUUGUUGCAAUUUCUGGUUGUGAUAUGAUAUCCAGCCGAGAGAUUGUUCAAUGCAAAUAACCUGUAGUGUCAGUGUCUGUAAAUAUAUACAUUAAAUAAUAAAUAAAAAAUAAAA